GAUAGUGCAAUGGCUCACACUAUAUAUGUUUAUCAUCCGCCAUAUGAAUUCCUCGGACCUCUUUGUCAUUGAGUUUUUAUUGAAAAACAAAUUGGUUGCGGAGAAAAUGAUCGCUGAAGAUUGUAGCUAGGCAGAUGGGUUUGGAGAAGAGGGAUCAAAAAGAAGGUGGUGGAACAAACUGUUAGACGUUGAGGAGGCCAAAGUACAGGUCUACUUUUCACUGCCAACAAUUCUCACCAAUGUGUUCUUCUCCUUGAUCCCAUUGGUCUCAGUCAUGUUUGCUGGCCACCUUGGUGAGCUUCAGUUGGCUGGUGCAACUCUGGCCAAUUCAUGGGCCAACGUUACCGGUUUUGCGUUCGUGGUUGGGUUAAGUGGAGCUCUUGAGACACUUUGCGGGCAAGGCUUUGGUGCAAAGUCGUACAGAAUGUUGGGGAUUUAUCUACAAGCUUCUUGCAUCGUAUCUUUCCUCUUCUGUUUCAUGAUAUCUAUAAUCUGGUUCUAUACAGAGCCCAUACUAAUUUUACUCCAUCAAGAUCCUCAAAUUUCAAAAUGUGCUGCUCUUUUUUUGAAAUUUCUGUUCCCCGGACUAUUUGCAUAUGGAUUCCUCCAAAACAUCUUGAGAUUUCAUCAGACACAAUCUGUAUAUGUCAUGCCAAUGGUCUUCUCAGGGAUUGCCUUUGUUAUUCAUAUUGGCAUUACUUAUGUUUUGGUACAUUGGACGGCUCUUGGUUUCAAGGGAGCUCCACUUGCAGCCUCAAUUUCUCUAUGGAUAUCUGUUCUCAUGAUGGCCUUCAAUGUUAAUUAUACAAAGAGUUUUGAGCGUACAUGGGAAGGAUUUUCGAUAGAAUCGUUCAAUCAUAUCCUCACCGGCUUAAAAUUUGCCCUCCCCUCUGCAACAAUGGAAUGUUUGGAGGAAUGGGCUUUUGAGAUUCUUGUGUUCAUGGGAGGACUGAUGCCAAACUCAGCAAAAACCACUUCACUACUUGCAAUCUGUGUGAAUACACAAGAAAUUGGUUACAUGGUUACAUCUGGCCUCAGUGCUGCAGCCAGCACAAGAGUGUCAAAUGAAUUAGGAGCAGGCAAUCCAGGCAGAGCUAAGAAUGCAAUGGUUGUGACUCUUAAGCUCUCUGUGCUUCUUUCUUUCGCGAUUAUUCUGGCCCUUGCGUUUGGUCACAAUGUUUGGGCUGGCUUCUUCAUUGACAGCAAUGCAAGUUAUGCAGUAUUGAGACAGGACUUUGCUUCAAUGACACCAUUGCUUGCAAUUUCUAUAAUUGUUGAUUCUGUUCAAGGAGUCUUUUCAGGUGUGGCUAGAGGAUGUGGGUGGCAGCACUUGGCUGUGUAUGUAAAUUUGGCAACUUUUUAUUUGAUUGGUAUGACAAUUGCUGGUCUUCUUGGAUUUAAGUUCAAACUAUAUGCCAAGGGCUUGUGGAUUGGUAUAAUCUGCGGUCUCUCCUUUCAAGCAAGCACACUCAUGCUGAUUACACUGCUCAAGAAAUGGACUCAAUCAGAUUCAUCUAAACAUCCAGAGGAAGGAAGCCCAGUUUUGGUCUAGAUAAAUGUAAUUGUUAAACUGUAGCAACAUAGACCAUUUGGGAAAACUUAGUUUAUGCAUUUAUUCAGUUAAUUUCAUAAUAAAAUACGGAUUAGUACAGUUGACAUAGUUGAA